AAAGAUGCAGAAAGCUAAGAGGGGUGGUGAUCAUCUCACCAGAAGCUUUCGUAAGAGCAGGAGAGCUUCCAAGAAUGAAUCAUUGGUCUCAGGUCGCUUCCUUGGGGAUUCUGAUCAAGGUGUUCGGUCUGGGCUCAGUAAUAGGCCAAUAUCAUAUUUGUCUAAAAGUGUCGCCUCUAUUACUUUGUACAAUGGAGACACAAUCUUAUUUUCAUGCUCGGGCAUAGCUAUGGAACGCCAGGGGUGCCACCUUACAAGGUUUCUGACUUCUGCGAGUUUGGUCAGAGCUCUCAAUGGUACAAAUGAAGACCAUGGUGACUUGAAGAUUCAAGUGCGCCAUGAAGGCAAUGAAGUGUAUAUGGGGGUGAUGUCUGACUUUGAUUUAGAUCGCAACUUUGCUGUUGUCAAUGUCCAUGCGUUCCUUGAUAUUCAGGUUGGAUCUUUCCAACAUGCACUGCAAAUUCUGCCCCAUGGUGAGAUAUUAGUAGUUAUAGGGCGCAGCGUCUCUGGUGAAAUAAUAGCCAAGAAUGUGAAAUUUGACGGUGAUUCAAGGGUAUCUGAGGAUGAUGAAGAUCUUGAUUGUAAAAUCUCAGAGGCUUGGGAAGGUGGGCCACUUGUUUCUGUUGAUGGGAAGGUUGUUGGCAUGAACCUUUUUCUGACUACUAGAAGAGCCGUUUUCCUACCAUGGGGCACAAUUCUCAAGCAUCUAGAAGUACAUGGAAAUUUUCUCAACCAGGAGAAGUUAGAUCUAGACUCCAUGGGUUACCCGAAGUUACCAUCUUCCAUGUUAGGAGCUAGCAUGAUUUUGGUUAAUACUUUUGAAGAGACUUUUGGCGACAUAAAAGGUGAAGGCGUCUGGAGAAAAUUUAGUAAAAGAGCUUCUAACAUAAAUCGCAAUGUUGUUGCGCUGGCUUCAUUCAAUGGAGAAAAGAGGUUUUUUGCAUGCACGGGUUUUUUUAUUGAAUGGAAUGGAUCUACAAUAAUUUUGACAUCAGCAAGCUUGGUUAGAAAUUCUGGUGAUGAGGACAAGAUUGUUGAAAACUUGAGGAUUGAAGUGUUGCUUAACAGCCAAUGCAGAGAAGGAACGUUGCAGCAUUAUAGCCUACAUUACAACGUUGCUCUAGUCAGUGUCCAGAAUUACCGUGCUCUUCGUCCAUCAAAUACUCUGUUUUGGUGGAACAAGAGUUUCAAAGUAGCAGCUAUAGGGCGUUGCUUCAAAUCAGGCGCGUUAAUGGCUACUAGUGGGGAUCUCGUUUGCUGGACAGGCACACUUGAUUGCGAUUUUCUUGCAACUUCCACGUGUAAAAUCACUAAGGCUGGGAUUGGAGGCCCUCUUGUUAGUCUUGAUGGGGACGUUAUUGGCAUGAACUUCUAUGAUAAGAGAAUAGGAACCCCUUUCCUGGGUUUGAAUGAGAUUUACGAAAUUCUAGCAUCGUUUGAGACAAAGAGUAAACCUGGUGAAGUUAGCACCGAUAGUGAUCCCUCUGGAGCGCCAUUCUGGAAAAUGGAUCUAGAUGACAAAACUAAGUUAAACAGGUGGCCUGUGCCCAUGCCUCGCUGGUGCAGUCCUGACUAUGCGGAUGAGGAUAAAUCUGAUGAUGACGAGUUGUUCGAUCCCAAAUAUGGCCGUGUGAGAUACGGUUACCGGAAGGGAAAGAAAGUCAUGCUUUGCUAGAUGCAGUGACACCCUUGAUUGGUCACACAAUCUCCAUAUCGUUGCUUGUUUGAGAUGGCAGAAGUGACCUAUGG